UACCAAGAAAAACAAAAAACAAAAAAAUUUUGUUUCAACAGUUUUUCAAUAAUCAUUUUUCUUACAUUCAUUUACAAUAAAAUCUUUCGUAAUGAAUGAUUUAACAACAAAUGGUAAAAAACCCGAUCUUAUUCCCGAAGAUGAAGGAUUGGUAGAAUUGAAUGGAUUUCCAAUUCAUUGGCAAAAAUUUGGUAAUGGACCGAUGAUUGUAUUGCUUAUUCCGGGUGCUUUAGGAACGGCAAAAUCCGAUUUCUAUAAACAAUUAACCGGAAAAACAGCAUUCGAUUUUAAUCGUUAUACAUUUAUUGCUGUUGAAUUACCUGGUUGGGGUAAAUCACGUCCACCAAAACGACCAUAUGGCAUUGAUGUUUAUGAUACGGAUGUAAAAUGUUGUAUGCAAUUAAUGGAUCAUUUAAAUUAUCAUAGCUAUUCAGUACUUGGUUGGUCAGAUGGUGCAAAAGUUGCAAUAUUAUUGGCAAUAUUACAGCCAUCAAAAAUUCAAUCAGUUGCUGCAAGUGGUAUCUAUGUUUAUGGUGAUAGUAAAAAUAUAUUACCAUUUUUGAAAACACAAAAAAUUGAAACUUGGGAUAAAACAAUGCGUGAACAUUAUGAAGAUGUUUAUGGACCAGAAUUAUUACAACAAUUAUGGGAUAAUCAUUGUAAUUGGUGUCGUGAUAUACAUGCAACAAUUAUGGCCGUACAUGCUGCAAAACCUGAAUUAAAAGAUUUAAAAUUUGCUAUACAUAAUGAUCUAAUGAAUGGUCUUGGUCGUAUACGUUGUCCAGUAUUGAUUAUACAUGGUGAUAAAGAUCCAUUAAUUCCAAUGGAUCAACCAUUAUAUUGUCAAGAACGUAUUGCUAAUUGUACAUUGAGACGUUUUCCAAAUGCAUCACAUAAUGUACAUCAAACACAUACCGAAGAAUUUCGUCAAUUAAUUGAUCAAUUCUUUGAAGAUUCAGGUGAUUUCUAUUGAAGAAAGUAGAAAAAAAUAUACUCUAAAUAAUUCUUAACUUGAAUUAAAACAAAAAAAAAAUUCAUCCUGAUUAGCUGAGAUGAACAAAAAUAAAAAUUGAAUAGAGUGAGAGAGAAAAAAAAACUCAAAGUUUCAAU